AUGUGGCGGAUCAUGGUGGGAAACGACUGGGUGAACAGUUACCUGGAGGCGAUCCUCGCCGCCGAGCCGGGGAUCAGCGAAUCCAAAUUCGGCGACUCCAAAUCUUCGCUGCUGCUAAGAGAGCGUGGCCAUUUCAGUCCGACUCGUUAUUUCGUUGAGGAGGUGAUCACAGGCUUCGAUGAGACCGAUCUCCACCGCUCAUGGAUUCAGGCAGCUGCAACGAGAAGUCCGCAGGAGCGGAAUACGAGGUUGGAGAAUUUGUGCUGGAGGAUUUGGAAUUUGGCUCGCCAGAAGAAGCAGGUUGAAGGGAAGUAUGCUAAGCGUACUGCUAAACGUCACCUUGAGCGAGAGAGAGCACGGAUGGAGGCAACUGCAGAUAUGUCAGAGGACCUAUCAGAAGGAGAGAAAGCAGACGUGCCUGGUGAGAUUCAAACUCCGACUGAUAACCCCAAGGGAAGAAUGUCCCGGAUCAGUUCUGUUGAUGUGUUUGAGACCUGGUUUGCUCAACACAAAGAAAAGAAGCUCUACAUCGUAUUAAUAAGUCUUCACGGUUUGAUACGAGGUGAAAACAUGGAGCUUGGUCGGGAUUCUGAUACUGGUGGCCAGGUGAAGUAUGUUGUGGAACUUGCAAGGGCUUUGGGAUCAAUGCCCGGAGUCUACCGGGUUGAUUUGUUGACCAGACAGGUAUCAGCACCAGAUGUUGACUGGAGCUAUGCUGAGCCGUCUGAGAUGCUUAAUCCUCUGAACACAGAAAGCGCAGAUGAUCAGGAGCAUGGCGAGAGCAGUGGCGCUUAUAUCAUUCGUAUACCGUUUGGUCCCAAAGAUAAAUAUGUAGAGAAAGAGCUUCUCUGGCCUCAUAUCCCUGAGUUUGUUGACAGGGCACUUAGCCAUGUGAUGCAGAUGUCUAAAGCUCUGAGUGAGCAAAUCGGCGAUGGAAAACCGGUGUGGCCUGUUGCUAUUCACGGACACUAUGCAGAUGCUGGAGAUUCCACCGCACUUCUCUCUGGGGCUUUAAAUGUACCCAUGGUUUUUACUGGACAUUCUCUCGGACGUGAUAAGCUAGAGCAACUCCUGAAACAGGGGAGGCCGAAAGAAGAGAUAAAUUCUAACUACAAAAUAAUGAGGCGGAUUGAGGCAGAGGAGCUAUGCCUUGAUGCCUCUGAAAUUAUUAUUACCAGUACAAAACAAGAGAUUGAAGAGCAAUGGCGUCUUUAUGACGGUUUUGAUCCAGUUUUGGAGCGGAAACUCAGAGCGAGGAUGAAAAGGGGUGUGAACUGUCAUGGCAGGUUUAUGCCUCGCAUGGUUGUAAUUCCUCCAGGUAUGGAAUUUCAUCACAUUGUACCACAUGAUGUGGAUAUAGAUGGAGACGGAGCUAGAGAUGACGAAAAUCCACAAUCUUCUGAUCCACCCAUUUGGUCUGAGAUUAUGCGUUUCUUUUCUAACCCACGCAAGCCCAUGAUACUCGCUCUUGCUCGGCCAGACCCUAAGAAAAACUUGGUAACUCUAGUCAAAGCCUUUGGAGAAUGUCGCCCUUUAAGGGAACUUGCUAACCUUACAUUGAUAAUGGGAAACCGAGAUGAUAUCGACGAAUUGUCUAGCACCAAUGCUUCGGUGCUGCUUAAUAUUCUGAAACUCAUAGACAAGUAUGAUCUUUAUGGUCAAGUGGCAAUGCCUAAGCAUCACAAACAAUUUGAUGUGCCAGAGAUUUACCGCUUAGGAGUCAAAACAAAAGGAGUUUUUAUCAACCCAGCUGUGAUUGAACCAUUUGGACUGACUCUAAUUGAGGCAGCAGCUCAUGGGUUGCCCAUCGUUGCAACAAAAAAUGGUGGUCCUGUCGACAUUCACCGGGUUCUUGACAAUGGUCUUUUAGUUGACCCUCAUGAUCAGCAAGCUAUAUCUGAUGCUCUCCUGAAACUGGUUUCAGACAAACAUCUCUGGGCAAGAUGCAGACAGAACGGCCUCAAAAACAUACACCUGUUUUCUUGGCCAGAGCACUGCAAGACCUACUUGUCCCGCAUAGCAGCGUGCAAGCAAAGGCAUCCUCAAUGGCAGAGAAACGAUCUUGAGAGCUCUGACCCUGAUUCACCUGGUGGUUCCCUCAGAGACAUUCAGGAUAUCUCUCUGGACCUAAAACUUUCCUUAGACGGAGAGAAAGGCGAAGGUAAGAGUACUAAUUUGGACGCUGAGGAGAGUUCCGCUGAAGGAAAAGCUAAGAUAGAGAAAUCUGUUUCAACAUUGGCACAAAAGAGCACAUCGUCGGAGAAGGUUGAUGGUAGUGGCAAGGUCCCGACAUUGAAAAGACGGAAGUAUAUCUUUGUCAUCUCCGUGGACUGCGACAAAGCAUCGGAUCUUCUUGAAGUAGUGAAAACAGUUACUGAUGUGGCGGGAAGAAGCGGGUCAUCAGUCGGAUUCAUUCUCUCAACCUCAAUGACCGUAUCUGAGACUCACUCCACAAUUCUUUCAGGAGGCUUAAACCCUCAAGACUUCGAUGCCGUGAUAUGCAACAGCGGAAGUGAACUCUACUUCACAUCCUCUGCAUCUGACGACAAGACCAAACUACCAUACGCGCUGGACUCAGAUUACCAUUCACACAUAGAAUACAGAUGGGGAGGAGAGAGCCUGAGAAAGACUCUGGUCCGUUGGAUCAGUUCAGUACACGAGAAGAAGAAGCGGGAACAUGAUGGCGAGAUUAUAUCGGAAGAUGAAUCUUCCUCAUCUAACUAUUGCCUAUCUUUCAAAGUCAAACACCCGAAUUUGGUACCUCCUAUGAAGGAGCUGAGGAAGCUGAUGAGAAUUCAGGCUUUGCGUUGCAAUGCGGUUUACUGCAAAGGAGGAGCUAAGCUCAACGUAAUCCCUGUCCUUGCUUCACGAUCUCAGGCCCUCAGGUAUCUGCUAGUGAGGUGGGGAGUGGACAUAUCAAAGAUGGUGGUUUUCGUGGGAGAUAGCGGAGACACGGACUACGAAGGGUUGCUCGGAGGAGUGCACAAAACAGUUAUAGUGAAAGGUGUAGCGAGCGACGCAGCGGCACGUGUGGUUCAUGGCAACAGAAGCUACCCACUAGAGGACGUGACUCCAGUUAACAGUCCUAAUAUCACCGAAGCUGACCAAUGUGACCGCGACCGCAUUAAGGCUGCCCUUGAAAAGCUCGGCGUCAAUCUCGUCAAAUCUUGA